AUGGCGCCGCAUCCGCCUCUCUUCCCUCCCGCCGCCUUCGAGCGCCGCGGCGGCCUCCCUCCCUGCGAACCCAGCCGAUUCUCUUCCAACCCUACCUUCGACUUGGCCUUCCUCAAGGCGGCCUUCGACGGCGAUCUCCGCUUCGUCAAGAGUACGGAGUACUUACCUGCCUCCGCCGGCGAUUAUGUCCUUCACUUUCCCGGUUCCCCUAUGUUUCCGUGGCUGAUUUUGGGUGCCGAUCCGUUCCGCGUUUCAGGGGGCGCGAGGGUGGUGGGCAGGGGGGCGGAAGGCCGUCGCCUCGCCGAGAUGCUGGGGGCGGUCAGGGACGGCUACGGCAAUGGCCUGCUGCAUUCCGCCGUCCUCGGCGGCAGCCUCCCCGUGUGCCGCUACCUGGUCGAGGACCUCCGGAUGGAUGUCGACGAUGUCGGCCCGUUCGGCGGAACACCUCUGACCUUUGCGAUUGGUCGUCAGAAUGUGGAUUUGGUGCGUUACUUUCUUGAUCAAGGUGCUGAUGUACACAAGGUCAACGACAGUGGCACUCCUCCUCUCCAUCUUGCUGUCGGAGAAGAAGGAAGCUGUGAAAUUGUGGAGCUCUUACUCUCCAAAGGAGCUUAUGUUGAUGCAUUAAACCUUGGUGGGACAGCUCUGCAUAUUGCUGCCCGUCAUGGGAGGGAUGAUAUUAUGAAGGUUUUGCUGGACCACCAUGCAGACCACAAGAUAGCUUUGGGUGGUGCUGGUUAUACAGCUCUUUUUAUUGCUACUGCUAUGUGCUCACUGAAGUGCGUGAAGCUCCUGCUUGAGGCCGGUGCUGAUGUUGAUGGUGCUUGUAAAGAGUCACCCUUAAUGAUCGCGGCCACCGCUGGCUCAACUGAUAUCCUUAAGUGCUUAGUUCUGGCUGGCGCAGAUGCUAAUAUUCCUGACAGUCUAGGACGUGCUCCUAUAGAAAUUGCUGCUCGUUCUGGUAGACGUGAAAAUGUUGAGAUUCUGUUUCCUGUCACUUCUCGUAUUCCUAGUGUUCGUGACUGGAGCGUUGAUGGAAUCAUUAGUCAUGUAAAAUCAGUGCGCCCAGCAAAGAAAGUGAUGCUUGCUAGUGCAAAAUCUAGAGCGCACGAAGCGUUCAAGAAUGGGAACUAUUAUGCUGCAGCACACAUUUAUAGAGAGUGCAUGCUUUGAUCCAUGAUGCAGUUGGAUCAGGGCCAGAACGAACUGUGCCAUACAUUUAAUUGUUGUGGACAUAGGAGGCCAUGCAGCAGCAGUAGCAACAGCAUAUACGUGUAGGGGCAGGAUGCGAUUAAUACUAGAGCCAGAUUACAAGGCUACGAGGGAGAAGUUGACACCUAUAUGAUAUCCAUGAAGAAUAGUAGAAGAAUGGUUUUGGAUUUGGCUUAGAGAUAUACUCCGUGGAAUUAGCAAGUGGAUUUCAUAUGUGUCGGUAGUCUAUUAGGCAUUCUGGUUGUGGUUGAAUCAUUUCUAGGUGAGUCUUGUCAAUCUGUAACUUGGAUUCAGUUAGGAUGUCUAAGUAGUCUUUAUAAAUGGAUGAUCCUUACGUGGUUCAA